AUGGCUUUAUCUGAAUGGGUCAAUUCCCCUAAUGAAGUGAUUCAAAAUAUGGCAGAAAAGAUGUUACAAAAAUUUGAUUCUUAUUGGAGUGUUAUUCAUGUGAUCAUGGGAGUUGCUACUGCUUUAGAUCCAAGAUACAAAAUGGAGUUGCUUGAGUUUUACUUUGAAUCAAUUUAUCCCAUUGAUUUUUUUUCUCAAGUUAAUAGGAUCCGAAACUUGUGUUAUGAUUUGGUUUCGGAAUAUCAAGCCAAAAAGCAUCAAGAUUCUACUAGUUCUUUUGAAUCACAAGAUGUGGUUAGUGAUGGAAAGAGUAAAUUGUGUGAUUAUGAUAGAUACAUUGAAAGAAAGAAAAGGGCAAGAACCUCAACUAUGAAAAUAGAGUUAGAUCAUUACUUAGAGGAAGAAGUUUUGCCAAGAAGUUUAGAUUUUGAUAUCUUAAUGUGGUGGAAAUUGAAUGAGUUAAAGUAUCCAACACUACAAGCAAUUGCAAGGGAUGUGUUAGCUAUUCCGAUCUCCACUGUAGCUUCUGAAUCGGCAUUUAGUAUUGGAGGUCAGAUAUUAACUCCUCAUCGUAGCCGACUUCAUUAUACUACUUUAGAAGCUUUGAUGUGUUCUAAAAGUUGGUUAUGGAAUUCAGAGAAUGCAGGUUCUAGAUCAAUUGAAGAAUCAACUUUUACUGAUGAGAUUGAAUCCGAUGAUGAAGGUGGAUCUUUGGUCAGUAACAUUACUCAAUGUUUGCAAGAUUAGUAGACAUUAUUGUUGAUCGGU